CUUCACUCUUGCCUUGAAGAAAAAGAAAAGACAACUCAAAGCUUUCACUCUCCAACUCCAUUAAAGGAGCUUCGCAUUGCACACAGUGUGUGAUUCCAAACUCCAAAAAACGACAUCGUUUUAUAAUCCCUAACAUUUGACAAACAGAAUGUUCAGAAACCAGUACGAUACCGACGUGACGACAUGGUCACCGGCGGGGAGGCUAUUUCAGGUAGAGUACGCAAUGGAGGCAGUGAAGCAAGGUUCAGCGGCAAUAGGUUUGAGAUCGAAGACGCACGUGAUUCUCGCGUGCGUUAAUAAGGCGAAUUCCGAGUUAUCCUCUCACCAGAAGAAGAUCUUCAAAGUUGAUGACCACAUCGGAGUUGCAAUCGCCGGACUUACUGCCGACGGCCGUGUACUUUCUCGUUAUAUGCGUAAUGAGUGCAUUAAUUAUAGUUACGCUUAUGAGUCGCCGUUGCCUGUAGGCCGCCUUGUUGUUCAGCUCGCUGAUAAAGCUCAGGUCUGCACUCAACGAUCCUGGAAACGGCCUUAUGGUGUUGGCCUGCUUGUUGGUGGGCUGGAUGAGUCUGGUGCUCACCUUUAUUACAACUGCCCUAGUGGUAACUACUUCGAGUAUCAAGCUUUUGCCAUUGGAUCUCGAUCACAAGCUGCCAAAACCUACUUGGAACGUAGGUUUGAGACUUUCAUGGACUCUUCACGGGAAAGCCUGCUUAAGGAUGCACUCUUUGCACUGAGAGAAACUUUGCAAGGAGAAAAAUUAACAAGCUCCAAUUGCACGGUCGCAGUGGUUGGAGUAGGAGAGGCUUUCCAUAUGUUGGACAAGGAAACAAUACAGGCAUUGAUCAAUGAAUUUGAGAUAGCUGGUGAAGAAGCUCCUGCUGCUGCCCCAGAGGAAGCUGGUAGUGAUGAACCAGCAGCAGCACCUGAAGAGGGCGCCCCUGCUGAUCAAGGAGCUGCCCCAAUGGAUAUCUGAUGAUGUUAUGUCCUCCUUUAGGCCUCACUUCUUUCAUAUUCAGAGAUUUCUUGUGUUAGAAUAUUGAGAUUUUGUGUGGCACAAUGGGUAAUAUUUUCUGCUUGGAUAUUUUAUUAUGCAAUCAUGCUUUACUUUGGUCCAAACAUGUCAAAGCUCAUGCUUCUGAAGUUGAACUAUAAACAGUUUAAAUGACUUUGUCGGGUUGGAGAGCUCUC